AUGUCUAAGUUUUGCUCCAGAACUAAAUCAAUAUUUUUUAUAUAUAUUUAUUUAAGUCAUAUUGUUACAAAUGCUGACGAAGAUGCUAUUCAAGAUUCACAAACUAUAGACGAAACCAUAACUUCUACAUCAACUACUGCUACCAAUUCAGAAAUAAAAGAAGCAGAUGUUGUUUCAGAAACCGAACUCCAGAUUGAACCAGAAAGUACCACACAGACUGAAACGAGUAUCGAAACAACGGCUGCAACAACUGUUCAGGACACUACAGAAGAAAAUGUAGUUACAGAAGAUAUUGGUACAGUUACAGAAACAGAUGUAGUCGAAACUAUAAAGAAUGAAGAAGUUGUAACAGGGGCACCAAUGGAGGUAGAGGUAGCUGCUAUUACUGAGACAUAUAUAGUAAUAGAUGCAGAGCAACCUACAAUUACCGAGGAAAAUAAAGUUGAAGUUACAGAGGACACAGUUAGUGAAGUAACAGAGAUAAAUAUAGCUGAAAUAACGGAUACAGAAGGACCAAGUAUUAUAGAGGUUGUAGAGACAGCUGAUCAGGAAGAGAAAAUUGCAGAUACUCAGUUAACUGAAAAUUUAGAAACUGCGCCAGAAACAGUGACAAUUACAGUUACAGACGUAAAUAUAGAUACAGCAGUUGUUGAUGAUGAGGGUUCAGAUGCAGUAACAGAAGCAACCGUUGAAAAAAAUAAGGGAACAGAAACAACUGAAACCAAGGAAUUAAAUAUCGAUGAUGAAGUAGGGCCAGAUCUGAUUGGAAAUAUGGUAUAUCUUGCUCAACUUAGAAACAAAAAUUAUUUUUAUUCAGAGACUUUUAAGGUUAAUUAUUUCCAAGCUUACGAAAUAUGUAAGGAUUUGGGUAUGAGAGUUGUAAGCAUUAUUUCAAAGGAAGAAAAUGAUUUUUUCUUUCAGAACCUAAAGAGAUCAGGAGAAAAAAAUCACAGAUACUGGACAUCAGGCUCAAAAUUCUUAACUGGAAAAAAUUGGAUCUGGAUGACAACGGGAAAAAUUGUAGGAUAUACAAAUUGGAUACCAGGUCAACCUUCAGAGACUAACAAAAAUUGUAUAUAUGUAAUGGCGGAAUCAGAUGAUAUGAGAUGGAAUAAUGAAGAUUGUAAUGAAAAACUAAGUUUUAUUUGCGAAUCAGAUGGAAUGUUUUUUAAUUCACCACAUACAGAAAUGAGUAAUUUGCUUGGGAUACUAGUAGGUUCAUUUGAGUUUCCCGUUUUUAAUUAUAAUAAGAAAAGAUACUAUGUUGUAAAUGAUCUUAAUUUGUCAUUUUUCGAUGCCCUCAGAGCAUGUCAGAUGAUUGGUUUAGAACUUGUGACUGUUACAUCUAAAGAAGAAAAUAUGAAUUUAUAUGAACAUAUAAGAAAUUCAAUGAGUGGUACCACUUUCUGGUCAGGUGGCACACGUACUGAACAUGGUACCAGCUGGUAUUGGUUACCGUCUAGAAAAAAUGUAACAUACACUAAUUGGCAAGAGGCCAAUCUGAUAAACGAUGAGGAUAAAAACUGUAUUCAACUAAUUUUUAAAAAAGACACAUUAGAAUGGGAUGCCAUGAAUUGCAAUUCACUACAAAAUUUUAUAUGCGAAACUCCCAAUGGUAUGACACAAAUUAAUGGUAAUAAAAAUAGGCCAGAUGUAGUCGAAAGUAUACCCAAGGAUAUUAAUAAAUUAAUUCCAUCAACGUUUAAAAUCAAGAUAAUACCCCUUCUUAGAAGAAAGUACGUUGAGUGGUACAAUGAAAGAGCAACGAAGACUAUUUAA